CUUGCAGUUAGCCGAUUUUCUCUCCCUAGCGUUGGGAACCUGAGCCUCACACUGGGGCCGCCUUAAGAUAGGGAUCUGGGGGCCCCUCUGUGGGCUCCCUUCAGACUUUAUCAGUGGAGUUUUAUUUUUUUUACCUCGUAUUUUAUUUUCGUUUAUAAGAGAGAAAGAUAUCCCCUUCCAAAGAGAGGGAACGUUCGUGAAAGUUUGUGACUUUCUAAGAAGUGAAUAAUUCCAAGCUUGCCUGAUUCUACCCAGUCUGGACCUCCUUAUCCUGUUUAUGGGAAACCCAGAUGACCUGCCUCCUUACUCCUGGGUCAGAAGCCUCUUUGGAGUCUAUGUAAUUGGCAUUGGAAAUCAGGGAGAAACUGCUGGAGCCUCUCACACCAGUGGCUGCUGAAGGAGAAGAUUCGGGGGAGGGGAACCUCUCUUUAGGGGGCACAGGCCACACCUGAGGGAUUACCAAGAUGACCAAAAUACCAGCCACCAAGAAGGUGCAAAGCGUCCCCAACGCAGGGGCCCUCUGGCCCUUUUAUGCCUCAGAACAUCUAACACAGGUCCCAGACAAGCCGAUGAAGAGCAUCAAGUACAUGGACAAGGAAAUCAUAAACCUCAAAAAAGACCUUGCACGAAGCCGCAUGCUGAUUCGGUCGGUGAAGACAGGCCGCGGCUACUUUAGCAUGUUGCAGGAGGAGAGUGCCUUGAAAAAGAAGCAACAGUACCUUCAGAAACUGAAAGAGGAAGAAAGAUAUAAAUUCCAGCCAGCCAAAAAGACCUCAGAAGUCCACUAUGGUGAUAUUCUUUUGACCACAUACGACCAAGCCAAGGUUAGGAAGAUGGGCGCUGGAGUCGUACUUCGCCCAUUCACCCCCGUGCACAGCUGCAUCAUCUCAUCCUCGCUACCCGAGGCUCACGUGGAGCCCCUCUUCCGCCAGCUCUGUGCCCUCCACUGGCUCCUGGAGGCCCUGACUAUCGACCACGCCCACCAUACUAUGAAGCCUGUGAUCACCUGCUGGAAUCCAAAGGACCCGGGUGGAAGCAAGAGCACAAUAAAAAAAAUCAAUAAGGACAAGUCCAUGGGACAGAGGUGGGAGCACUUCGUGACAGCGCCUAAGACCAAGAAAUUCAAAAUUCCUAUACUGCGUGUCACCAACCGCAAGCCAAGCCGGCGAGGCUCCACCCUCAGUCUGUCUCGGACCAGUGGGGGAUCAUCCCCCCAGAGCAGUAUGAUGUCCAUGAACCCCGGCUCAGACGAGCCCCAGAGUGUGAUCACCCAGGCAACAGGCAGCAAGGACAUUGAGGACAAUGAAUCCUCUUCGACCAAGCCUGACGAAGAACCUCUCCAUAUCAAUCUGCAGAAGCUCCUGGAGAUGGUUCGGGAAGAUGCCCGGAGGACAGUCAUAAUGGAAAAUGGGAUGCACAAAAAAGCGCCCAGUAUCUUGUCAAUGCUCAAACAAACCAAGAGUGAUUCUGCCUAUAAAGAUGUGCAGACCACCCGCAAAUCAAGUGAAAGAUCUAGCAGUACAAGUGGAGAAAGCCACACUCUGCUCAUCCAGAAGAAGUCUAAAAGCCGUACCAACCGGGACAUUAUCCAGUGCAAGAGUGGCGUGUGCAACACCAUGAGGGCAAAGUUUUACAGCGUGGCCCAGGAAGCUGGCUUCUGUCUUCAGGACAAGAUGGAAAUCCUCAUGAAGCGCCAAGAAGAGAGAGGUCUCCAGAAGUUCCAUUCUUUUGUCCUUGUCUCCAAUUUUAAAAAGGAUAUAGCAAAAAUGAGGCAUCAAGUCUCCAUGAUAAAAGGAGAUGCAGAAGAAAUUGCAGACCACUGGUACUUUGAUCUGCUGUCCAAACUCCCCAAAGAUCUGAAGAAUUUCCGCCCUGCCAAAAAGAUCCUGGCGAAACUACAGAAGUUUGGGGAAAACCUAGACCUCAGGAUCAGGCCCCAUGUCCUCCUGAAAGUGCUACAAGACCUGAGAAUCUGGGAACUGUGCUCUCCGGACAUCGCUGUGGCUAUCGAGUUUGUACGUGAACACAUCAUCCAUAUGUCUCAAGAGGAUUAUAUCAACUGGCUGCAGAACCGGAUCAAUAUCCCCAUCCAAUCCCACAGUCUCCGGACAUAGACUGGGCCUGGGUCAACCAGCUGUCCCAAUGGAGGAGGACUAGACUACACAGUAUCCUUGCUUCCUAUCCGGGUUUUUCCUUCCUAUCUACUCUCAUGGAUACCCACUAGAAUAUAUGAGACUGACUUCCGGCAACAUUCUAGAGGGAGAUACUCCCAGGUGGAAACUCCUCUGAACCUCACACCCCACCUCAAACUCCCAGUUUGAGGGAGUUGGUCCAGUCUGACUCUACCCACUCCCUCUCCAAAUUCCUUUACCUUACUCCUCUUCCUCAAAUUCUGGCUAAUAAAAUGGAGCUGAAUA